AUGUUGAAAACAGAAGCUCAACAUCAAAAGAAAAACAAGGAAAAGAAUGCGAUAAACACUUUCAUGUAUAGAUUAAAAAUGAAUUAUCAGAGACUCUUGUUUUAUAGACGACAUAAAAAUACUCAACAGAGUAUUGUCAUGUUUUCAUUUAAUCCUGGUUUGCUAACAAAUACUACAAAAACAAAAACGACAAUGACAGAGAAAAAUGUCAUCUCCGGUUCGUUAACAAAAUGA